AUGUCGGACCAACAAAGUACUAGAGAUGAGAUUGAAGAUGAGGUAUCUUCAUCGAAAUCAAACAAAGAAAGAUCUAUAGUAUGGAGCUGGUUUGAAAGAUUUGGGCCACCGGGUAAUCAAAAGGCGAGUUGUACCGUUUGUAGAAAAACCUAUUGUGCCAACCCAAAUUCGGGAACAUCAAAUAUGAAUCGACAUAUACCUAAAUGUUUCAUUGUUGAUGAGAAUGGUCCACUAAAGAAGCGUGUCCCCUUAGAUCAAGAAAUGUAUAAAGAGAAUUUGGCGAUUUCAAUAAUCAAACAUAAUUAUCCUUUUAGCUAUGUUGGGCAUGAGGCAAGAAGGGAUGUGCACACUUUUUUGCAUCGUGAUGCGAAGCCAAUAACAAGGAACACUGCAAAAGCAACUGUCAUAAAUAUAUACGAGAGAGAAAAAAUGAUUCUCAAAGGGCAGUUGGAAAAACUAAGUGGUCGGAUUUGUUUGACUUCAGAUUUGUGGACUUCUAUUACAACAGAUGGAUACAUGGCAUUAACGGCUCAUUUUGUUGAUGAAAACUGGGUGUUAAGAAAAAAAGUGUUAAACUUCAGAUUUAUACCGCCACCUCAUAGUGGUUUAUUGUUAGCAGGGUACUUGAUUAGCUUUUUAGCAGAUCGGGGAAUUGAGAAAAAGAUUUUCACCAUCACUUUAGAUAAUGCAAAGUAUAAUGAUGGUUUGGUAGAUUCUUUAAAGGGACAUUUACGUUUGAAUGAGGCGUUGGUUUGUGAUGGAGAUUUCACUCACAUUCGUUAUGGUGCACAUAUAAUGAAUCUUAUCGUGCAAGCGGGAUUAAAAGCAAUUGAAGGAGCUAUCAAGAAGGUUCGUGAUUCGGUGAAGUAUGUUAGAGGAAGCGGUGCAAGAAAGUUCAAGUUCGCAGAAACCAUCCAACAACUUAACUUGCAAUGUGGAAGGCAAAUUUAUCAGGAUGUUCCAACAAGGUGGAACUCUACAUAUCUCAUGCUUGAUUGUGCAAUAGCUUACAUGAGUGCUUAUGAUGCUUUGGAGUUAGUGGAUCUAUGGAAGAAUGGGAAAGGAUCAAAGUAA